GGAAGAGCACAUAGCAAGAUAAAGGGUGAGGGAUGUGGUUAAUUCUGCAUAUUUAUUUGUUCCUGUCUUGUAACUAUAUCUAUGUAGCAAUGAUGGCCAGCUCAGGUAUCUGUCAGCUCCAGGGACACUUCAGGCUGAAUGGGAUGUACCAGGAUGGAGACCUUCUCAUUGGUGGUUUGUUUGAGGUUCAGUACCUCAAAGCAUUCCCCAAGCUGAGCUUCAGAACAGAGCCAAAACUACCACACUGUGAGCUCUUCUAUAUGACAAGCUUCCAGCAAGCACUAACAAUGGUUUUUGCCAUCGAUGAGAUUAAUAACAAUCCCCACCUGCUGCCUAACAUCACGCUUGGUUACCAGAUCUACGACAACUGUUUAAGGCUUGGAGUGGCAUUCCGUGGUGCCACAGCUCUGGUUAGUGGGACAGAGGAGACCUUCUCUGAUCUCAACUGCAAAGGCCCACCACCGGUGAUUGGAAUCAUAGGUGAUCCAGGUUCUACUCAUUCUAUUGCAAUUUCCAGUGUCCUGGGGCUGUUUCGACUGCCUAUGAUUAGCUACUAUGCCACCUGCUCCUGUUUGAGUGACAGGAAAAAGUACCCCUCUUUCUUCAGAACAAUCCCCAGUGAUGCCUUCCAGGUGCAGGCUAUGGUUCAGAUCUUAAACCAUUUUGGCUGGACCUGGGUGGGUCUCCUCUAUAGUGAUGACGAUUAUGGCAUCAAUGCCGCUCAAUCCUUCUACCAGGAUGUGCAAGAGUUUGGAGGGUGUGUGGCUUUCUCUGAGAUACUGCCCAAUGUUAACAACCAGAAGGAAAUACAACGCAUUGUUGGAAUCAUUCAAGGCUCCACAGCAAAAGUGGUGGUUGUAUUUUCUACUUCAAGCUAUUUGUUGCCCGUGGUUGAUGAGAUGGUUUUAAAAAAUGUUACAGGAAGACAGUGGAUUGCUAGUGAGGCUUGGGCCACCUCACCUGUGCUUCUUGCUUCACGACUUAAAUCUGUAUUGGGGGGUACACUGGGUGUUGCCAUCCGACGAGGAGAGAUACAGGGGCUUGGUAACUUUCUGCUACACCUUCGUCCUGACAACAACUCACAAAACAACAUGGUGAGAAUCUUCUGGGAAAACAUGUUUGGGUGCAAUUUUGACACUAGAGGCAGAGAGGGAGAAAAAAAAUGUUCAGGGCAAGAGGAUCUAAGCAGCACAGACACACCAUACACUGAUGUAUCAGAACUUAGGGCCUCUUACAAUGUCUAUAAGGCAGUUUAUGCCUUGGCACAUGCUGUUCAUGAUCUGAUGCAGUGUGAGGAAGGGAGAGGACCAUUCAGUGGGAACAGCUGUGCCGACAUAUCCAACCUGAAACCCUGGCAGCUGGUACACUACCUGCAGAAAGUGAACUUCACCACAGGCUUUGGGGAUCAUGUGUCAUUUGAUAAGAAUGGAGAUGCUCUGGCCAUCUAUGAUGUGUUGAACUGGCAGCCGAGCUCAGAUGGAGAAACACUUGUCCAUAGAGUUGGUGUGGUAAAUGAAGGGGCAACAACAGGGAAGGUGUUGACACUGGAUAAGGAUGCAAUAUACUGGCCCUAUGAGACAAACAAACCCCCACGGUCUGUGUGCAGUGAGAGCUGCCCUCCAGGAUCCAGACGAGCCACAAGAAAGGGCCUUCCUGUUUGCUGUUUUGACUGCCUACCAUGUGCUGAUGGAGAGAUUUCUAACACAACAGAUGCCACUGAGUGCAUAGCAUGCCCAAAUGAUUUCUGGUCCAACCCAGAAAAAGAUCAUUGCAUCCCUAAAGAAGUGCAGUUUCUAUCCUAUGAGGAACCUCUGGGCAUCUCUCUUACCACUGCAGCCCUGUUUGGCACUUGUAUCUGUGCUCUUGUAAUUUUCAUCUUUGCUCAUUACCGCAAAACUCCUGUAGUACGUUCAAACAAUUCAGAGCUCAGCUUUCUGCUACUGCUGUCACUUAAAAUGUGUUUCCUGUGUGUGCUGCUGUUCAUUGGCCGGCCACAGUUAUGGACAUGUCAGUUACGACAUGCUGUGUUUGGCAUAAGCUUUGUCUUGUGCAUCUCCAGCAUCCUGGUCAAGACUAUGGUGGUAAUAGCUGUGUUCAAGUCAUCUCGACCAGAGAGCAAAGGUGUGAUGAAAUGGUUUGGAGCAGCUCAACAAAGAGGAACAGUCCUGAUCCUAACAGCCCUUCAGGUAGUGAUAUGUGCAGUCUGGCUAUCAACUGCCUCUCCAACACCCCAUAAAAAUAGCCAAUAUAUUAGGUCUAUAAUAGUAUAUGAAUGUGCUAUUGGCUCAGUAGCUGGUUUUUCUCUACUGCUGGGAUACAUUGGACUGUUGGCAGCAGUAAGCUUCCUCUUAGCUUUCCUGGCAAGAAACCUCCCAGAUAAUUUUAAUGAAGCAAAGUUCAUCACUUUCAGCAUGUUGAUCUUCUGUGCUGUAUGGAUUGCAUUUGUUCCCGCAUAUGUGAGCUCACCAGGAAAAUAUGCAGUGGCUGUGGAGAUAUUUGCCAUCCUGGCUUCCAGUUUUGGUUUACUGGUGGCCAUAUUUGCCCCAAAGUGCUACAUCAUUAUAUUACACCCAGAAAGAAACAAUAAAAAAGCAAUCUUGGGAAGAGGUACACAAAAUAAAUAGAUGCUGUUUGUGAAAAUCUCAGACUGAUGUGUGACUCUUUGAUAGUGUCUUUGUUCUACACUGUAAAAAUUAAAGGAACCACCCAGGUUUCCUGAAGAACUCUUUCUUAAAGCAUUGUGUGGAACUGCUUUGGGAGCCAAAUUAUUAUUAUUAUUAUUAUUAUUAUUAUGUAUUUAUUGUUGGUACUAUGGUUACCAUUACUUCAAUUAUAAAUAUAGCUGCAAGUAGCGAUACGGGACCAAGCCCCUGAAAGGGCUGUAGCGCAAUGCAGAGCAGGAAGAGCAAAAACAGCAGAAAUUGAAUGAACAUGAUAAACAACUGGUUCCGAAUUACGGGUGAGAAUGAACUUUUUUUUUGUUUUAAUAAAAAUGAACACAGCAUGAAUAAAAAUACAUUUAUUUCUAACCCAAGAGGGAUAAAGAUCAAUACAAUGCUGAUCCCGCAUAAAUAAAGGAAUCAAAACACACAAUUUCAUAAAACUGUUCCACCCUUUUUUUUUUUUUUUUCUAUAUGGUGGAAAGGUACAUUUAAGGAAAAUGACAAAUGACCCAUCGCUGGGAAUGGCAUAAGUGAGGGAACAAAACGACAUAAAGAAAACAAAAUUUGGACAAUAUUUUGUACACGCUAGGUUCGGAUACUCAUAGAAUUCUAGUAUAGUGAAUGACACAACCAGAAAUUAUUGAUAACCACACAAAUUAACAUUCUACAUGAACUGUAUUGAAGUAACAAAUAUAACAAUUUGUAUCACCAGAACAUCAAUAAAGUGUGGUGCGCAAUCAGUGCACGUCUCAUUUUUCUUUCCUUUAGUUCCUUAGUCCAGCCUUUCAGAUGAUGGGAAAAAAAAAAAAAAAAUGUUUCCUUUAGUGGAAAUCACUUCUGUCUUUUGGGUUCCAAAAAAAAAAAAAAUAUGAGUGAAGCAAAGUAAAAAAAAAAAAAAAAAUGUCCUAUCCAAUGCCUAUCUGAAAUGUAGGGAAAGAAAAAAAAUGCAUUCAAGGGUUCACUGAGAUCCUACCACACAGUGCUAUCACAUGAGACAUCCCGCAGCAAUUGAUGACUCUGUGGAUCCAACAAUCAAGGGUGGUUGGCUCGCCAUCUUCCCUCCAGAAGAAUUCAAAUACAAAAAAAAAAAAAAAAAAAAAAAAAAAAACUGGCCUGCAAUAGAACAGCCACAUUCAUAUUAUAUUACACAAUCAAUUCACAAUCAAUUUAUACGGAACUUAUGUACAUUAAACUCUCUUUAAAAAUCAUUAAUGAAUUUAAAUCAUGAGUUCAACUCCCCAAACAUUCACAAUCAUGUACUCAAUUCAAGACACAACCAACCAGCUGUUGACAUUUCGAAGUUCAAGUGAGAAUGAGCAAAACACAUUUCUAAUCCAAGGGAAAGAAAGAGCAAUAUAACACACUGAAUAACUGUCACGG